AUGGCGUCCGCGGCACGUGACGUCGCGCUCGCCGCGUCGCCCGCCGCGGCCUUUGUGCUGCUCGAAGAGCGCGACCCCAAAGCCUCGCGCCGCAGCGCAGAGCUCGUGCUCCAGCCGCCGCCCGCAAGCGACCGGAGCACCGCCCGCUGUCCGCGUCCGGCCCAAUCGUCGCCGUCGCUCCGGCGGCUGUACCACGUCCGAACGCCGUCGGGCCACAGCGAAGACGACGACGCGCGCGCGGACAGCGACGCGCUGGACGCUGUCGCCCGCCCGCGCGACCGCAUCGACUCGAUCAGUGACCUCUUUCCCGUGACAGGCGCGCGCGUGUUUACGAAUCCCGCGAACAUUGUGCCCACGCGCGAGGCGUCGAUCCUCAUUGACACGGACGUGCAGCAGCACAUGGCGGCGGCGGCGGCGCGGGACGCGGCACGGCGGCUGUGUCUGCCGAACGCGCCGAUGCAGUCACUGCCGCAGCAGACGGCGACGACGACGGUGGCGGCUGUCCUGGGCAGACGCCGAGAGAGCGGCGCGGGGGGCGGCGACGCGCUGCAUGGAACCGAGCGGAGCCUCCCUGCGAUGGAGCCAGCGGCCCGUCGCGCGCGGUGCAUGUGGCGCCUGAAGACGUGCGUCACGUGUCAGUGUCGACAGCUGCCGCGCUGGCACCCGCAGCAGACGCUGGUGCUGCUCUGGAAACGCAUGGUCUCGAAUUGGGACUCGCUCGUGCUGAAGCUCGUCUUGUUGCUGGCGGUGCUCAGUGUUUUGGUCGCCGUGGGCGCUGCCGAGUUGUUGUCACGCGCGGCGCCGGAGAAGGUUCACAUGGUCACGCGGUGUACAGUUCCAGGAAGCAUGCACAGCUACUCGGCCUCGACGGCGUAUGUGGCUGGCGUGCUGAUCCCAGCGAUGAACAACAUUGUGUUUUUCGUCGUGUCCCUGUGGCUCGGUGUGCUCUGCAGUCGCAGUCGCAAACGUGUCCUACGCAGUGCACCGUGCAGCAUCAGCUCCAACUUGAAGUCGGCGUUCAUGCUGCCGUGCUACGAAGCGAUUUGGUACACUAUUGCUGUGCUGUCAGCGAUCGGCUUGAUACUGUAUACCAGUAGCUUCCAGGCUUACCACAGUGAAAGUGGCAAGACGUACAGUGCAUUGGCGCUAGAAGAGGAUCCGAAGUACCCGUGUAAUAUCGUUACCAUGCCGACUGUCUGGGUGCUGCAGUUGCUGCCGAUGCUCAUGAUCCAGCGCAGCGUUUCGCAAGAAGCAGUGCUACGCGCGAUUGCGUACUCUGGAGCAGUGGUGGUCGUCCUUACCGUGUGCAGCAUGACACUGUAUAAGGUCGGCGACGACAUCGUGGACGCGACCGAGAUGACCAUCUAUAUUCUGCUGCUCUUGUUUUACUUCUGGGCCAAGUUUGUAUUCCACGCCCGGGCCAGUUUCGACUUCUUUUUCGUUGCUGCCGUGGUGACAUCGCUGGCCAACAUCACUUGUUCGAUGAUGGGGCUCGCUCAUGUGGAUGAAGCGUUGAUAUUGCCGAUCGCUCACUGCAUUGUUACUGGAAUGGACGCUCUGAUUGUCGUCGCUGUCUUGCUAUCUCUGCGAGCCGAUACUCGCUACUGGUUGGCCAUCGACGACAAUGGAUCGGGCAAGACCGGGUCAAAGAGUGCAAUACGUCGCUACGUGAAUCUGCUAUCAGAGCGCGGUAUGAUCACCAACUUUUCCACUCGUACGUCAGUGUACGAUGUUCAUCACAUGAUUGAGGAGCACCGGCACAACGUCGUGGACUUCUCAGCUUUAGCACUGGACUGUAUUAUCGCGCAGGGUGCUACUUCUGUAGUGAUGCGCGGGACACUGCGGAGAAGUACUCCCGUACCUAUUGCACUGAAGAUUUACACUGACGUGCAAGUGACGAACGAAGAAGUACAGCGAUUUUCGCGAGAAACGGCAUUGAACGUACAGCUGUCCCACCCGAACGUCGUUCGCUUUUACGGUUUGUGUGUGGUGCCGCCGUCGAUCUCCCUUAUCUUCGAGUUUUGCGAGUACGGUGCAUUGGACGCCAUCUUGCGGGAACAGCCCAAGAUCUGGACACUUGCUGCCAAGCUUAAAGCAUGGCUAGACGCAUGUCGUGCGGUCGCUUACUUGCACAGUUUCUCGCCUCCGCUCCUUCACCGAGACAUCAAAACGGACAACUUCCUCGUGGGUCAGGAUUUCAUCAUCAAGCUCGCGGAUUUUGGCGAAGCCAAUUUGCUGCGGCCCCGGUCUGAUGGAACGAUGACGAUUGCUGGCACGGUCGACUACAUGGCUCCGGAGAUGAUCAAAGGUGGCAAGACAGCGCGUUACGGCACGGCGGUGGACGUAUACAGCCUGAUGAUCACGCUUUGGCAGAUUAUGGUGCCUGAACGAAGUCCGUGGGAAGCCAAAUCUCACCUUGAAGUGUACCGCCUUGUGGCUUGUGGGGACAGGCCAGCACUGUUUCCAACCAUACCGAAAGCCUGCGCUGAAAUCCUCGAAGCUGGCUGGGCAGCCAAUCCGAAUGAUCGCGUUGCUGUGGAGGACAUCAUACCCUCGGUCCACCGUCUUUGGCUGCUCGCACUGCACCAAAAGCCAUUGAAACGCACAAAGCAUUGA